AUGUUUACAUCGUUUGGUGGCUCAGUGUUUCGCAGAAUCCGAACCGUUGUUUUAGAGUCAUUGUUAAAUUAUUGUAUUAUUACUGUGUUUCAUACAUGCUCCAGGGGACAGUUAAGUGACUUCAGGGCUUGUGGAGGACCUGCCUUCCUCUCACACCUGGCCUCUGGCAGUGACUUCUGGGAUUGUGGAGGACCUGCCUUCCUCUCACACCUGGCCUCUGGCAGUGACUUCUGGGAUUGUGGAGGACCUGCCUUCCUCUCACACCUGGCCUCUGGCAGUGACUUCUGGGAUUGUGGAGGACCUGCCUUCCUCUCACACCUGGCCUCUGGCAGUGACUUCAGGGAUUGUGGGGGACCUGCCUUCCUCUCACACCUGGCCUCUGGCAGUGACUUCUGGGAUUGUGGAGGACCUGCCUUCCUCUCACACCUGGCCUCUGGCAGUGACUUCAGGGAUUGUGGGGGACCUGCCUUCCUCUCACACCUGGCCUCUGGCAGUGACUUCAGGGAUUGUGGGGGACCUGCCUUCCUCUCACACCUGGCCUCUGGCAGUGACUUCAGGGAUUGUGGGGGACCUGCCUUCCUCUCACACCUGGCCUCUGGCAGUGACUUCAGGGAUUGUGGGGGACCUGCCUUCCUCUCACACCUGGCCUCUGGCAGUGACUUCAGGGAUUGUGGGGGACCUGCCUUCCUCUCACACCUGGCCUCUGGCAGUGACUUCAGGGAUUGUGGGGGACCUGCCUUCCUCUCACACCUGGCCUCUGGCAGUGACUUCUGGGAUUGUGGGGGACCUGCCUUCCUCUCACACCUGGCCUCUGGCAGUGACUUCAGGGAUUGUGGGGGACCUGCCUUCCUCUCACACCUGGCCUCUGGCAGUGACUUCAGGGAUUGUGGGGGACCUGCCUUCCUCUCACACCUGGCCUCUGGCAGUGACUUCAGGGCUUGUGGGGGACCUGCCUUCCUCUCACACCUGGCCUCUGGCAGUGACUUCUGGGAUUGUGGGGGACCUUCCUUCCUCUCACACCUGGCCUCUGGCAGUGACUUCAGGGAUUGUGGGGGACCUGCCUUCCUCUCACACCUGGCCUCUGGCAGUGACUUCAGGGCUUGUGGGGGACCUGCCUUCCUCUCACACCUGGCCUCUGGCAGUGACUUCAGGGCUUGUGGAGGACCUGCCUUCCUUCCUCUCGCACCUGACCUCUGGCAAUGA